AAAGCCCCGGUUGCUGCGGGGUGACGUUAUCACUUCCGCAUCACUCCGGCAACAAACAACCGAGCGGUGCAACAUGGACGUGACGGCUGUGGAUCUGCGGGGAUAUGGACAUGCAGAAGAAAGCAGCGCUGUCAAAAUCCCGGAGCGGCUGCUGAAGCGGGACCAGGCGAGGACGGAGGAUGUCGAGCGGAGAAGGGAAGCAAAGGAGAGCCAGUCUGUCCCGGAGGAUAAGAGGGGCUUUUUCUCCGACACCUUCAGCAGGGAGCGGGCGGCCAUCGAGGAGCUGCUGGCCGGCUGUCCUGCAGCUGACCGGGCCGCCGCAGCCCAAACCCUGGAGGAGGCGACGACCAAAACACAGCGGCUGCAGAAAUUUCUCAACGACAGCAUGGUGUUUCUGACGCAGUACGAGCUGAGACAAGCCCAGGCGUCCCUGCAGAAACUUCAAACCUCCCUCACUGACAAGAGAGAGGAGGCCCUGCCCAAAAAGAAGUUUGCCUUUAAAUCUCGCAGUAAAGUGAAGGAGGAGGCGGCUGCACCUGUGUCAGACACACCCUCACCUGGUGACACACCUGCAGACUCGGGCACUACCAAGGUAGAUGGAAGUGUAAACUCUGAGCAGUGUGGUUUCUCCAACAUGGACAGUAUGGUGCUGACUCUGCCGGCUGAGGAGAUCCUGAAACGGGAUGUUCUGCUGACUCACCUCACUAACUGUAAGGUCCGUCUGUUCGGCUCCCCCAGCACGCUGCACAUCAAGCACAUCAGCGGCUGCGAGGUCCUGUGUGGGCCGGUGUCCAGCUCUGUAUUUGUUGACGAUUGUAGAAACAGCACACUGGCCUUCCCCUGCCAGCAGCUGCGGACCCACAACACCACCGACACUCAGGUGUACCUGCACGUCACCAGCCGGGCCAUCAUAGAGGACUGUCACGGGGUGAGCUUCGCCCCAUUUUCCUGGUCCUACCCGACCCUGGAUGAGGACUUCAGCUUAUCCGGCCUGGACCGGGACAGGAACAACUGGACCCAGGUGGAUGACUUCAACUGGCUCGCUGCAGGGACACCUUCCCCUAACUGGACUGUAAUCCCAGAUGCAGACAGAAAAACCAGCUGGGACCCUUAGAUUACAAAUUUCAGAAUACCUAGUGUGCCAAAGUAGCAUGAUGAUGAAAUGAAGUAAUUUUUUUUUUUCCAGUUCCAUAUAGCCAGACAGAGCCCAUAGCCUUUGUAUUCCAUGUUAUUCCACAAGCAUCAGUUGGUUCAAAUAAAGUUUUAAUCUUUAGCCAAUGAUUUUAAUUUUUUUUUUUUUUUUUUUUUUUUUUGGUAAAAAUGUUUAUUAAAUUCUGGUAGAUGCUAUUACCUGUUAAAACUGACAAAAGACAGUUUGUAUGGUAAAAGGUUUAAGCUACCCUAUGCAAAAUUAUCAGCUUACUAAAUCCUAAAAUGGGGCUGUAAUGCAGAGGAGCAUCCAAUCCCCAUCAGCUGAGGUGUAGUGAGACUCAGAGAGGGCUGGACUCACCAAUAAUAGAUCUUUUCCCUCAUCCAAUUCUUUUCUAUUGUUUGAUGUACAACAAACGCAAAGCAGCAGGGUGGGUAAAUGUAAGCUUCUUGUGUGCACUUUACUGACUUUUCACACAAUUUUAGUCCAAAUAAAAGGAACUGAUUUCUUUUUGGGAGUAGGGACUUUUUUGGGAGUAGGAAUGGAUAUGCAAAUCUUCUUGUAUUAGCAGAAUAUUCACUCCAGAUAUUGAAGUUGGCAGAGUAGCGAUGACAGGUAUAAUCGGACACCUACAUGUGAAGUUGUUGGCUGGGCUGCAGGCAGAGGAUUAAACACUGACCUCAUGUUAAGCAUUUUCAAGCGUUCACGCCUGGAGGUGUGGCUGGCUCAGUGGAGGCUUACCUGGUCCAUUAAUCAUGCACCAGAAUACAAUAUCAAAAAGCAUGCUUGUUUGAAAUAAUGAGUGCAAGCCUUGUGCAUCGUUGGCCACAAAGUACUACUUGCUAUCAGGUCUGUAGUUUUCACACACUGAUUUUUGUUGUUUCCAUGUUUCAGCUGCAAAGCAAUUCAGAAAUGUCAUUGAAUUUUUUUUUUUUUUUUUUUUUUUUCAAAAAUAUGAAACCUUUAACUUGUGAAAUUAAUAAAUUAGUUCUAAUUGAGGAAAUCAUUUCAAACUGCUGUGAUGCAGCUACAAAGGCCACAAAUACUCAGCACUGUGGUCUUUGUGAGAGCAGGUCUGAAUGGACAGAGCACAAAGCCUGGGCUGAACUUUGCUGUCAUCCAUGGGCUGAUAUUACAGAAUGUAAUUAUAUCUAGUCUUGAGUUUUCUAAUAACUUACUGAAUAAUGUUGCAAAUAAAGAGUCUGGCUGUUCAACA